AUGCGCGCGGUGCACAACCCCCGCUGGGUGCCCCUGCUGGUGCUGUGGAGCUGGGCGUCUAGCACGCGACGCGACGGUCGCCCGAUUGUGCUCGGGCUUGGCGUAGAGGCGCAGCCUUCUGGCCCGCCGCAGUGUGCGGCCACCUGUGCAGUGGAAGCUGCAACAGCGACGGGGUGCGAGGGACUGGAUUUUGCGUGUGCAUGCGCAUCCCCGUCGUUCCUCAGUUCCGCGCAGUUGUGCAUGAGCAACGAAUGCAAUUCAGCCGAUGCACAGACAGAGAUGCAAAUUCUCGACGCGACGUGCAGUGGCGCGAGCACCUCUUCGCCAAUUCCGACAUCGUCAAGUGCAUCAUCGGCUCCUCCCAGCUCGACUGCAAGCGGAAACUCAAGUAGUAGCUUACCCACUUCCGGCCCGCCUUCAGGCAGCGUUCCUCCUCCAAGUGACAGCGGCAGUGCAACAUCACCUGGAACGAGCUCACCUGCUUCGGCCUCGGCAUCCACGACCGCUGCGCCUUCAUCCGGGUCGUCAGCCUCUGCGUCGGGUUCGGCUCCCUCGAGUCCCUCGCCGGGUUCGUCAGGUUCGGCGUCAUCGUCGGCGUCUCCCGCGUCAACGGCGACUCCGUCAUCGCCACCGAGUUCUAGCGCGCGGGCGUCUACUCUGACUGUACCCGGAACGACGUCAAACCCUCUAUCGGCCUCGACGUCCUCGUCAAGGAGGCCGACGUCGACGGCCGUGGUUACGGUGACCCGUAGCUCGGGUGGCGCACGGGUGUUCGCGUCCGUGGGCUCGUCGCUGGUCGCGACGCUGGCGGGGGUUCUAGCGGCGCUGCUGCACGUUUGA